GCGAUUAUUAAUUUUCAUACUGAUGAAUUUAAAACGGAACGUGGAUUUAAAUUAAUGAUAAGGAAAAUUAAUUGUAAUGGAAAUAUUACAGCUACACGGAGAUCUUCACAAUGCAGUAUAAAUCCAGGCUACCCACCUUCAACAUGUGGAAAUUACCCUCAAUAUCCAACAUAUCCCACUUAUCCUCAAUACCCAAGUUAUCCAAUAGCUCCAACAUAUCCCACUUAUCCUCAAUAUCCAAUUAAUCCAAUAUCACCAACUUAUCCUUCUCAAAACCCCCAAUAUCCACAAAUAUUACCCCAAUGUUGUUCAAAUAUAUAUAAUCGUCAGCAUUUUUAUUUAUCGAGUCCAGAAUUCCCAAAUAGUCAAAAUGCACCUACUGAUUGUAUAUUCCAAAUUUAUCGAACAAAUCAAAAUAUUUGUCAAUUACGGAUAUACGUUAAAUUUGCAUGGAUUGGAGAGGAUACGGGAACCGGAUGUCCUCGUGGAUUUUUUGAAAUUGGUGGUCGAAGAUAUUGUGGUUGUAAAACUGGAAUUACCAUUUAUUCACGAUUCAACAAUUGGGAUAGCACACCGAUUACAAUUCGAUAUCGCAACGAAGGAUAUCCUCGAACAAUGUUCAAUGGAAUUACAUUUGAAAUAUUUCAAGAAACAUGUGGCUCGAUUCGCCGUACUUAUCGGGAUACACAUAAAAUAUUUGCCAAAAAGUUAGAAACGUUUGAUGAAACUGAUACGCCAUUAAUUAAUAGUAAUGCUUCUUCGUUCAAUGAUCGUAAUUUUAAUACAAUUGCUCCGUUCAAUUCAGUGGGACAUACAGUCAAUGAAAUUAUUUGUCGAAAAUUCAGUUUGGUUGAAUGGUUGGCUAUACAAGCAUUAGAUAUUUUUCAACAAACAGGAAGAUGCAUAGUCAGUACACCGCCAACAAAUUGGCCACAAUAUCCAAUAAAUCCAGUCAAUCCAAGUAAUUGUCAAGUUUAUAAUGGUUUAACAGGAGUUAUACAGAGUCCUGGGUAUCCAUCUUAUUAUACAAGAGGAUUAAACAUAUGUUACAGAUUUUAUCGCCAGAAUAACUAUUGCGGUUUUAGAAUAAACAUUGGUGAUUUUGAUAUUGAAUCGAGUGCAAAUUGCCAAAAAGCUGGUAUGAUUUUAUAUCAAAAAGGACGAUUUUGUGGACAAUCGUUAAAAAAUAGUGUCGUGGUCAUGGAUUUAACAAACAAACAAUAUGAAGAUAUUUAUUUUGUAUCGGAUCUAUCACCAAGUCAAUGUGGACGUGGUUUUUACGCAACUUAUCAACAGAUACAGUGUAAUGCAUACCCAAAUAAUCCGACAUAUCCUACAUAUCCUACAGUGCCGACAUAUCCUACAUAUCCGAAACCACCAUGCCAUACGGAUGUUUGCCCCACAUAUCCCACAUACCCUACUUAUCCAACAUACCCCACCUAUCCUACAUAUCCUACCAAUCCUUCUUAUCCUACUUAUCCUACAAACCCUUCAUAUCCAACAUAUCCAGGCAGCUCAACAAAAUGUGGCCAAGCCUUUCAAUCUGAAUAUUUUACAAUAACAGCAAAAGGGGCCAACGAACCACUUUUAACACCUUCGUUUUGCGAUUAUCAUGUCAUCAGAUCCAACCAGAACAUCUGCCAAAUACAAAUCACAUUCUUACGAUUUGAUCUGGAAUGUCGAUAUGAAUUCUUAUUAAUUAAUAAUCAAGAGUACUGUGGACCUCAUCUAUCAGGACAAACUGUUUCCGUUCCAUUCAAUCGUCAACAGGAUUUCAUAAUUGUUUAUUAUAAGAAAAAUUACCUUACACCAGGAUCUAGUUACCAUAUCCAAGGACAACAAUCAGCUUUAAAUUGUGAUUAUUUAGUCAAUCUGAAUGAUAUUCCUCUUGAAAAAUCAGUGGAUGUAGCGGUUAACCAAAAUAUAACAGUGAAUUAGUUGAAUUAACUGUCCAAAAUAACAGUACCAAACUUUUUGUAAC